UAUGCGUAGAGAGGUAUAAUUGCCGACAUGGCGCCACGCCGAGAUAAUCGAGCUAGUUCCAAUCCGACGAAAUCCUAUAAGAAAACUUUGAAGAAUUGGCUAAGAAACAAUCUUAAAUGGGAUCAAGGUAUUUCAUUGCUGACGGAUCCGAAGAAAUUGCCAGUAAUUGCUGGGCUGCUGAUCCUGCUUGAAAUCGUUGUGAACGCUUUGGUUAUCGAAAAUGUGCGGUACACGGAGAUAGACUGGGUAGCAUACAUGCAGGAGGUCGAGGGUGUUUUAAAUGGAACAUUGGACUAUUCGAAACUGAAAGGCGAUACUGGGCCGUUAGUUUAUCCUGCUGGAUUUGUCUACAUUUUCACCAUACUAUACUAUGUUACUGGGCGCGGUACGCAAAUCAAAUUAGCACAAUACUUUUUUGCCGCUUUGUACAUUAUUCUGCUGAUAUUGGUCUUUCGCAUCUAUGCCAGAAGUAAGAAAGUUCCACCUUACGUUUUAAUUCUCACAUGCUGUACGUCGUAUAGAAUUCAUUCUAUAUGCAUUCUGAGACUCUUCAACGAUCCAGUGGCAAUGGUGCUACUGUUUGCCAGUAUAAAUGCAUUUAUUGAUAAUCGGUGGUACCUUGGUAGUAUACUUUACAGCUUGGCUGUAUCGGUCAAGAUGAAUAUAUUAUUAUUUUCACCAGCUCUUCUAAUUGCAUAUUUGACAAAUCUAGGUUUCAUUAAGACAGUAAUACACUUGUUUAUAUGUGGUGUAAUACAGUUAUUAUUAGGACUACCCUUUUUGCUUGUCAAUCCAGUAGCAUAUAUUAUGGGUGCCUUUAAUUUGGGUCGAAUCUUUGAGUUCAAAUGGACUGUUAAUUGGAGAUUUUUACCAGAAGAUAUAUUUGUUAAUCUAUACUUUCACAUCACUUUGUUAGCUUUGCAUUUGAUGGUAUUAGCAUAUUUUACACCAAACUGGAUUACCUAUAUGAAGUCUUAUGCAAAAUUAAAAUAUGUUCAGAAGGGCAUAGAACACCAGAUGACUAAGAAUACAAAAGUUGACAUGAGUACUGUUAGUCAGUUAUUCAUUUUUCCAUUAUUUGCUGCUAAUUUUAUAGGUAUUGCUUUCAGUCGAUCAUUACAUUAUCAAUUUUACAUAUGGUACUUCCAUACUUUACCAUAUAUUGUAUGGUGUACUCAUUAUGAAACUGUUACCAAAAUUAUUAUAUUAGGAAUUAUUGAACUGUGUUGGAAUACAUAUCCGAGUACUAUUUUUAGUAGUGCUAGUUUACAUCUGUGCCACCUUGCCCUUCUGUAUGGUUUGUAUAGGAACAAAGUCAAAAGUACAAAAGUGGAAUAAAGACUUGCAACGUGCGGUAACUUAUUUACGUUUUUGUGUGCAGUUUGUAAUAUAUUGAGUGAAAUCUGUGUUCACUGUAUCAUUGUUCAUUAAAA